AUGUCUGAAAUCAAAACACCGUCUGCUGUUCCAGGCGAAUCUACAGUAGGAGAUACACCUACAGUACCUAUCACAAUACCAAGUCAAGCUACACAUGAAUUGGCACCAGUGGCACCCGACACAUCAUCAAAUAUACCUUUGACCAGGUUUACACCAUUAACACGAGCAAGUGUGAAGAAUGAAAAUGAGGCAGUUCCACUCCAUAAGGAUGUUGUAGUUGAUCAAACAACAGUGCCUAGUACCCCAGCAAGACCUAGGUGUAAAAGACCUCAGAGACAAAGGACACUGCCACAGAAAUACAAAGACUUUGUUAUGGAAUAG